UAACACAUAUGUUGGUUCAAUACAAGUCUAUAUAGACUUGAAAUAAACACAUACUUACUCACUCGUUCCAUUUGUUCGUUAUUUUUCAACCGACCGCAUCAAAAUUCCUCAUUUCACAUUCGUUGCAGUCGUUUGAAAGUUUAGUGCUCAAUCGCGCGGCUCGGUUUCGGUUGGGUCUUUGCCAACAGUCGUUCGACAGGAACAUUUUGGCCGUGGCCCCUCCAAGGUGUGGCACACUGCCUCCGACCUGUCAAAUAACAGUAUUACUAAACAGUGUCGGUUUUAUUUAGUUUUCCAAUAGCGGCUCCCGCAAAAAUGGUCGUAAAAGUAUACGUUAGCGGUAUUUCGGGUAACAAGGAGGUGAAGAAGCGACAACAACGAGUACUUAUGAUACUCGAAUCGAAAAAUAUCAAGUACGAAGUGUUGGAUAUUGCUGAACCCGGUAAUGAGGAACACAAGGAUUUUAUGCAGAAUAAUUCCACAUCGUUGGGGGCCACCGUAGGAGAUGCCAAUCCGAGGCAUCCUUUACCGCCACAACUUUUUAAUGAUUCCGCUUAUUGUGGGGAUUAUGAUCAAUUUGAUAUGGCAAAUGAAAUAGAUGAAUUAGAGAAGUUUUUAAAAACGACUGAUGAUUCAAUUGUAACAAGCAGUGCAGAGAUUAAAUUGGGUAAUGGAAAUAAUGAAGUUGAAGAGAACAACAAGGAAUCGGAGACAAUCUCAUCGACGGCUAAUGAAGAAGAGACCAAUGGUGAUACAAAAAAUGUAUCCAACGAAGUUGAAAAUGAUGCCAAUGAAUCCAAUGAGGUUGUGACUGAACAAGAUUCAUAAAGAUCAAUAACAAACGUACUGAUUUAUAUACACAUAUAAAAAGAAAGAUAUACAUUGCCUAUUAUUGCUGUAUAAUGUUUUUAUUGUCAGUUCUAUUUUUCAUGAUUUUAAUUCUGUUCUGUUUAUUAUUUUGUACUUGAAAGUAUAAUAUUAUUGUAAAAUUAUUAUAUGUUUGCUAGUUAUCGUUAGAUACAGUUGGAGAGAAGCCUCCAUGUUUCAUAACAUAGCUAGUACAAAGUUAAUAUUAAAGAAAAGCUUAUAUACCAAUAAU